AUGGACGGGGCCAGGCCAUCCCGUCCCGACCGGCCGUAUCAGCGCACUUACAAGGCAUGCAUCCCUUGCCGGCAACGCAAGGCAAAGUGCGAUCUGGGAACGGGACCGGACGGCUUACCGAUCGGCCCACCAUGCGCACGAUGUCGUAGAGAGAUGAGAGAGUGUGUUUUCCCCGAGAAACGGGCCUGGGAGAGGUCCCGCAAGCGCGGACGAUCCCUCGAGGACAAUGAGACCGAUAUAUCGCCGGGUGAGGAACAGUAUCAAGGUGCUGUUGUCUCCCCCGAUGAUGCUAAAAGACAAUAUGCGCAAGGCCAUCAGCCUGUACGAUACGCACAGGACUCGACGAGUCCGUUUCAACAAGGAUGGGGCUUUGCCCGUCCUAAUCCAUCCCCACACAAUGAUCAUAGUUCACAGAUCGGCAUAAGUCCCCAGCCGAUUUCAGAUGGCAGUCUGCAUGCACAAACAUCCCCGGCUCAUGCAUAUCAAGAGAAUCGGCACCGGUCUAGCUCCACGCUGGCGAACUCAAUGAUGCGAACAGUUGUCGCGAGUGGUAAUGAUGCUUUGAAUAUUUUGUUUGAAGCGGCAACUGCCGGGCAGGAGGACAAUGCACCAAGCGACGAGAGCCCUCCCCGUGGAGGUGCAUCCAAAUCAGGUGGCUCCAAUGGCCAUCAGCGGGCGACACCGAAGAACUUUGAGAGUCCGGGUGCCUUUGAGACUGCUUCACGGGUAAAGUAUCGCGUCGAAAUGUCAGAUGUGGCAUCCGAAACAUUACAGAUCUGGGAGGCAUGCCGUUUCGUCAAGAUGGGGUGGUUUACUGCCAGGGAGGCGGUUACCUUCAUUGACCUGUUCUACAAAAACAUGUCCUGCUUGUCACCCAUCCUGACAGACUUUUAUGCCAACCACCAGAACCAUUUUACGCUGAUCAGUCGAGAACCCGUAUUAUGUUCCACCAUCCUUAUGAUUUCUUCUCGUUAUCAUGUUCUUCCAGGCGCAGGUGGCGAAUCGAGAAACUUCUUCAUUCAUCAUCGACUCUGGCAACACUGCCAACAAUUGACAAUGCGGCUCAUUUUCGGGCAAGAAAAGUCUACGAAGUCUAAGAUUAGGAGUCUCGGGACAGUGGAGGCCCUCUUGCUCAUGGCUGAAUGGCAUCCUCGCUCUCUACACUUUCCUCCUGAAACGGAUGGCUGGGAUGAUGAUCUGAUCUCCAUGGACCCCAAACCUUCUGAGCAUUCCGAGUCUAAAGACACAUCGGCAAAUCGGUGGAUUGAGGACAUGAUUGAGCCAUCAAGAAGGUCAGAUCAAAUGUCUUGGAUGCUGCUGGGAUGCGCCCUCUCUCUAGCCCAUGAAUUAGGCAUCUUCGAGACGGAAGAAAUCGAUGCCCCUGGCGAUGAUCAACAAUGGAGAGAACAGAUUAAACUGCGGCGACAGCGAGUGCAACGACUUCUUUACGUCUACAUCAACCAGCUCGCUUGGCGGAUUGGUUGCAUGUCCCCAAUCCCACAAUCCCUCAACCACGCAGUCCUCGGCGGGCGCAAACCCCGUGGCCUCAGUCAGCCUGGAAGCACAUGGUUGAUAUUUAUGGAUUCUUGGAUUGAGCUCACCAAGCUAGCGCAGUCUGUCACGGACAUGUUCUUCCCAUCAGCCAAGUUCGCUCGUCAACAAUUGCAUAGCGGUCGCUACGUCGGACUGCUUGAGCAUUUCCGGCCUCUGCUCAACCAGUGGAAGGACAAGUAUCUUCAACCAGAUACUCUCGACACUGCAUUCUAUAACGAUCUCUUCAUCGAGUACCAUUUUGUCCGAGUAUACACCCACUCUGUCGGAAUGCAAGCCGUUGUUGAGCGUGCAGUCGCAGACGCUGAUCUCAACAACCUCGAUGACGUCCGGCCGAUGACUAUCGACCCCACAGACUACGAAUACAUCCAAGAGGUCAUCGACGGCUGUUGCCAGAUCCUCCAGAAAGUCACGCACCUCGCAGAGGUAGGCGCGCUACGAUUCUCGCCCGUCCGCAUCGUCCUCCGCAUCACCAGUGCCUCAAUCUUCCUAAUGAAAGCACUCAGCCUGGGAACCCGACAAGCCACACUCAGAGAAUCACUCGAAGUCCUCGAGAGAAGCAUCAGUGCUCUCAAAUCAAACGCACUUGACGAUGUCCACCUGAGCACUCGCUACGCAACACUCUUAGACAUGCACGUCUCCCGCCUGCGCCGAAACCUCCUAGCAUCCUCCAAGACCAUGAAAACCAACACCAACAACACGGCCACGAUUAACAACAGCCGAGGCGCUACCCGCCGAUCCUCAAUGGGUCCUCCACCCUGGCCAGAAAAUGGCGAUCGAUCCAAUACAAUCAACACCCCCGUGUCCCAGGACUUGACUUCCGAUCUGGGCUACAUACCUUCCUUGAAUGAUAUGGCGGAUGACUGGCUCUCGUUACCAUUUGAUCCUUCAAUGGCGCCUUUUGGAAUGAGUAAUAAUGCUCAGUUCCCGAUGUAUGAGGGUGGUGGGCUGGAUUUUAUUUGGAAUCUUCCGUCAUAG